AUGUCCCUCUCCCCGGCCCACAAUGACUUCCGCAGCGACACCUUCACAACUCCAACCCCCUCAAUGCUGCAGGCAAUGACAUCCGCCACCUUCGGCGACGACGUCUACACCGAAGACGCCACCACCAACGAAUUCCAAUCCGAGAUCGCGCGCCUCACAGGAAAGGACGCCGCCCUCUUCACCCUCUCGGGAACAAUGGGCAACCAGCUGGGAAUCCGCAUCCACCUCGGCUCGCCGCCGCACAGUGUCCUCUGCGACUACCGCGCGCACGUCUAUGCCGAGGAAGGGAGUGGGCUCGCGGUGCUUUCGCAGGCGAUGGUUACGCCGGUGCAUCCGAGGAAUGGGCUGUAUUUGACCCGUGGGGAUGUGGAGCGGUGGGUAGUCCUCGGGGACGAUGUGCAUGUUGCGCCGACGAGGGUUGUUAGUCUCGAAGUCACGAUGGGGGGCGUUGUUACGCCGAUUGAAGAGAUCAGGGCGAUUGCCGAGUUUGCGUGGGGGCAUGGGAUUAAAGUCCAUUGUGACGGGGCGCGCUUGUGGAAUGCGUGUGCGGCGACGGGGAUCUCGAUGCAGGAGUAUUGUCGGUGGUUUGAUAGUGUGUCCAUGUGCGUGUCCAAAGGGCUGGGAGCGCCGAUCGGUGGUGUGUUGGCUACAACAGUGGAGGGGAUCAAGAAGGCGCGGUGGCUGAGGAAGCAGAUUGGAGGUGGAAUCCGACAAGCUGGGAUCUUGACCGCUGCGGCGUUGGUUGGCGUGCGAGAAAUCUGGCCGACGAUGGCGGAGACGCAUGCAAAGACGAAGGAGCUGGAGGCUGAUUUGAAAGAGAUGGGCGUUGUCCCGCAGAUUCCGGUGGAUACGAAUUUCUUCUUUAUUGAUGCGGACAGGUCGGGGAUUGAUAUGGGGGUGUUGCUGGAGCAGUGCGACAAAUUUGGGGUGAGGUUGAUGGAUGAGAGGAUUGCGAUGCAUCAUCAGAUUAGCGAGCAGGCGAUGAAGAAUCUCAAGCAGGCCAUCGUCGAGGCUGUGAGACUGAGCAAGGAGUUGCCCGAGGGGUAUGUGUCCAAGGUCAAGAAGGGGGGGUAUGGGAGUACCUCGAAGAUGAAUGAAUAUAGUUAA